GACUAAGUGAGGUGUGAAAAAGUACAAAAAAAAAUCUCUCUUUUUCCUCUGACACCACUGAUCUUAGUCUUCAAGGGGUUUUCGAUUCACUCAUUCAGCUACUAACGGGAAGGAAUCAAGAAACCCUAAGUCUUCGUCUCCACCUGAAUUCGUACAUGCUUACUUUUGUUCGUAGGGGGAAAAAAGCCAUGGCUUCACCUGAUAAGGAGCUCGAGCUGAAGUUAAUGGAGGCCGGAAACAAGCUCCUUGAACCUGUCUCGUCAGUUGAUAAGCUCAUCAAUCUCCUCGAUCAAGUCGAGAGUUUUCUUUCAAGGGUGGAACAAUCUCCAGGUCAAGCAAUGCAGAAUGCACUCUCUCAUUCACUUAAAGCAUUGAUUGCAGAGCAGCUUUUCAGACAUCCUGAUGAUGAUGUCAAAGUUGCAGUUGCUGCAUGCAUCAGCGAGAUAACAAGGAUAACUGCACCAGAAGCUCCUUAUCCUGAUGACCAAAUGAGGGAGGUCUUUAAACUGAUUGUAUCAUCAUUUGAGAGUUUGUCUGACGAGUUGAAUCGCUCAUAUAUUAAGAGGAACUCAAUUCUUGAAACUGUUGCCAGAGUCAGAUCAUGUGUGGUGAUGUUGGAUCUUGAAUGUGAUGCUUUAAUCAUUGAGAUGUUCCAGCAUUUUCUUAAUGCAAUAAGAGAUUAUCAUGCGGAUACUGUCUUUACAUCAAUGGUGACAAUUAUGACACUUGUUUUAGAAGAAAGUGAAGACAUCUCUAUGGAGCUGCUCUCCACGAUCAUAGCUAGGGUAAAGAGAGAUAAUGAGGAGGUUCUUCCUAUUGCUAGGAGGUUGGCGAGCAGUGUGCUUGAAAACUGUGCAUCAAAGCUGAAACCUUACCUAACACAAGCUGUAGAGAACUCAGGAAUUCCUUUUGAGGAUUAUAGUAACGUAGUAGCUUCUAUAUGCCAAGUGGCACCCAAUGUUGUGCUGCAGAAUGAUGCUGCUACUGAAAAACGUGUGGAUGUUGAGUGCAAACCAGCGGAGGCACCUUUAGCCAAUGCAAUCCAGGAGGACAAAGAGAUUCCUAAAGAAUCAGUUUUAACUGAACAAGUUGAUCAUGCAAAUGAAAAAUCUCCAACUUCAGUUGUUAGCAAUGGCAUUGCUCAAACUGAUGAAAACAAUAUACUGCCUGAUUCAAACUCCGUAAAGAAGCAAGAGGAUGAAUGCUUUGCUGAUAAGUCUGAGAAUGUUGAUAAGUUGACUGUUGCUGAGCCUAAUGGAUUGGAAGGGGAGAAAGUGGUAAUUUCAGAUUCUAAGUUGGAACAAAGUACCAAGGAAAAACAGGGGAAACCUCAUUCAAAAUCACCCUCUGUUGAUGGGGCUGUAUUCAAGGAAAAUAAAGGACAGAAAGAUGUUCAGCCUUCCCUGACAAAAGCAACUGAGGAUGAAUCCAAUGAUGUUACUUCCCCAGUGCGAAGUGGGACCAUACAUGAUAAGAGCCAUUCAAACAAGGCCGCUCUGCCAAAAAAGAAAGAUGGCUUGAGCAAGAUCAUCACACCUUCUGUUGACAAUGCCUCCAAGAAGUCAUCUGGAGCAAUGAGUGAUUCAGAAGAAAAAACAAAUAAACGACCAGGGAAAAAGGUUGCUUCUGCAGUUUCGAACAAGGACAGUGCUCUAGCCGAUGUAGAUAAAACUAAGAAGGAAAGUGGCACUGCAAGUGAUUCAGAGGAAAAAACACUGAAGCAGGUGUCAAAGAAGCUGGAUACUAGUAGUAAUAAUGCAUAUGGAUCCUCAAAGAAAAUGGGGGAUAAGAAAAAGCGGCGAAAACUCGUUCUUCCUGAGAAGGAUAAAACCAAAAUCUCGACCAGUAUUGAUGAUGAGGAAAUGGUUGAUUCUCCGAAGGCAGUGAAGCCAAACAAACAUGAUUCUCACAUGGAUGAGAUCCAUAAGUCAAAUUCCAAGAGAAAGUAUACACAAAGUGAAGAAAAAGGGUCUGAUACCUUAGAAUAUGAUGAGAAUCUAGUUGGCUUGAAGGUGAAGGUCUGGUGGCCUCUAGACCAUGUAUUCUAUGACGGUGUUAUCGAGUCAUUUGAUCCUAUUAUAAAGAAGCACAAGGUGUGCUAUGAUGAUGGUGAUGUAGAAAUUUUGAAUCUCAAGGAGGAAAAAUGGGAGGUGAUCAAAGUUGAGCCCAAGUCGAAUGAGGAGAUUGCAGCAGAUCAUCCAAGUCCAGAUGGUUCGUUCGAAAUCUCUCAAAAGGAGAAAGCAAAAGCUGCUGAUCAGCUGGUGAAGAAAGCCAAGAUGGAUGCUUCGCCAAAAAGGGGUGGAGGAGCUUCGUCCGGAAAAUCCAAGGGUGCUGCCAUGAAGUCUGGUAGCAAAAUAAAAGAUGGCAAAGUGCGUGGCUUCAAUAGUGACGAGAAAGCAGACAAUGUUACCAAAGCCAAGGAUCAUACCCCUAAAAGUGGUGGUAGACCAGUUGACGUUGCUUCAAAAGUGGGGAGCAAAUCCAAAUCCAAAAAAGAGGACGGUGUUGUCACGCCCAAGUCAACCAAACCCAAGGAUGGUGACAAUGCUACCAAAGCCAAGGAUCAUGCCCGUAAAAGUGGUAGUAGACCAGUUGUUGUUGCUUUAGAAGUGAGCAGUAAACCCAAAACUGAGGUCAGUGUCGUCACGCCCAAGUCAACCAAACCCAAGGGCGACGACAAACCCAAGGAUGGUGACAAUGCUACCAAAGGCAAGGAUCAUACCCGCAAAAGUGGUAGUAGACCAGUUGUUGUUGCUUUAGAAGUGAGCAGCGAACCCAAAACUGAGGAGGGUGUCGACAGGCCUAAGUCAACCAAACCCAAGGCCGAUGACAAACCGAAGGAUGGCAACAAUGUUAUCGAAGCCAACGAUCAUACCCCUAAAAGUGGUAGUAGACCAGUUGACGAUGCUUCAAAAGUGGGCAGCAAGUCCAAAACUGAGGACGGUGUCGUUACGGCCAAGCCAACCAAACCGAAGGAUGACAACAAACCCAAGCGCGACAAUGUUACCAAAGCCAAGGAUCAUACCACUAACACUGUUAGUGGACCAGUUGACGUUGCUUCAAAAGUGGGCAGCAAAUCCAAAAAUGAGGACAGUGUUGACACUCCCAAGUCUACUAAACCCGAGGACGAGCCAAACCAAGACACUACAAAGACAACCAAGUCCAAGCAGGACACCCCCAAAGUUUCAACCAAGGUGAAAGAAAGUGAGAGCAUGAAAGAGAACCCAACUGUUCCGGCUGAUGCUGUGGAAACUUUGAAGCGGAAGGCACUGAUUUCGUCUGUGGGACCGGGAACCGAUUCCAAGCCGGAAAAGAAGCAGCGAAAAGAGGUGAAAGCCACUUCAACUGCAGAGUCAUAGCCAGGGCAAGGGCUGAAUCUUGUCCAAUGUGGAACUUUGGCUGAACCCUAGCUUUUAUUUUUUUCUGCAGCCUUUGAGAUGCUGCGUUCACAGCUAGCUAUCCAUGCAUUCUGGUAUGGACCUUUUAGUUUUUAGGCCUACAAUGCCUAGCAAAUUCACAGUUACAGUUUCUAGUUUAUUUUUAGGAGUUUCAAGUAUUUAAGGUGCAGCAUUUACAUACAAUGGGUUGGCCUUUUACUUUAUGAUAAAAAAAAAAGAGCUGCUUUUAUAGACUAA